AUGUCAUCAUUAUUGAGGCUAUUGAAAUUAUUAUUUAUGAAUGGACUUGUUAAGGCAUCAAAAUAUGGUGUUUGGGCUGGAGAAGAUAAUGAUAAUACAAUAAUAAUUAGAAAAUUCAAAUUGUCUCAUAAAAAUCAUCCCAACAGUCCACCAAGAGAAAUUACCCAACUACAUUUUCUUGGUUGGCCUGAUUUCGGCACACCAGAAACACCCAUCAACAUAUUAAAACUUAUUGAUGUGGCCAAUGAUUUACAAUCUGGAGCUGAGGUUGAAGCUCAACGUCAACAUGAACAAAUUGGUCCAAUGAUCGUUCAUUGUUCGGCUGGUUGUGGGCGUACUGGAACAUUUUGUACAAUCGAUACCGUAAUCUCUAUAUUAUCAUCAUCUUCUUCAAAUGAUUACAAUGAUGUAAAAGAUAUUGUUCAAAGCACCAUAUUAAAUUUUAGAGAGCAACGAUUAAGCAUUGUACAAAAUUUGAGACAAUUUGUAUUUUGUUAUGAAGCCAUUCUUUGGAAACUUGUUGGUGCGAUAUAA